AGAAAGCGGGAAAGCAUACAGCUCUUCGCUUUCCUCUCCUCUGCCCCAAACGGCCCCCCAAUACGCAUCAUUAACUUCUCCAUUACUUCUCUCUCUCUCUCUCUCUCCCUCUCUCUCCCUCUCCUUUUUGAGAUCUGCGUGUUUGCGAGGUGUUUGAUUUUGAGAUUAGAAGCUGUUAAUGCUAGAGUGCUUUAAGUGUAAGAGGCUUUUUUUGAAGACUCUGUGCAUAGAAUACAAGGUUGCAGAUAUGGUUCCACCUAUUGAGACUCCAGACAAGACUCAUGUCUCUCAACAGUCCUCACAUCCACCUCUUAAUGAGAGGAUACUUUCAUCAAUGACCAGGAGGUCUGUGGCUGCACACCCCUGGCAUGAUCUAGAGAUAGGACCUGGAGCUCCUAAGAUAUUCAACUGUGUGAUUGAAAUAGGAAAAGGAAGCAAGGUUAAAUAUGAACUUGACAAAAAAACUGGACUCAUCAAGGUUGACCGUGUUCUUUACUCCUCAGUUGUGUACCCCCACAACUAUGGCUUCAUCCCUCGUACUCUAUGUGAGGACAAUGAUCCCCUGGAUGUCUUGAUUAUCAUGCAGGAACCAGUCCUUCCAGGGUGCUUUCUUAGGGCUAAAGCUAUUGGAGUUAUGCCAAUGAUUGAUCAGGGUGAAAAAGAUGACAAGAUAAUUGCUGUUUGUGCUGAUGAUCCUGAGUAUCGCCACUACAAUGAUAUCAAGGAACUCCCGCCACAUCGCUUGGCUGAGAUCCGUCGCUUCUUUGAAGAUUACAAGAAAAAUGAAAACAAAGAAGUUGCAGUUAAUGACUUCCUUCCAGCCUCUGAUGCCUAUAAAGCAGUCCAGCAUUCCAUGAAUCUCUAUGCUGACUACAUAGUGGAGAGCUUGAGGCGGUGAUUUCAAGCAUACUUGUAUAAGAUAACUACAUAUAGUCUUCUAUCACCCUUAUGUCAAUGAAUUGAUCGCAAAAAUAUGUGAUUGUGGUAAAUUUUCUACAUGGAUUGGUUGUAUUCUUGCUAUAAUCCAAGAUGAUGAUGACGACGACAAAGUGAUGAAGUCUAUGUUAAAUCUUUGCUAUAGUGAAUGUUGAAAAUUAAGAGAAGAAAGUCUUGUUUGGAUCAA